AUGUCCUCUGCUCAUGAUGCCACCACCAAGAUCUCCAUUGACAAGUUCGACGGCGACAACUACGCGACAUGGAGCCGCUACAUGCGUGGCGUGUUCCUGACCAAGUCGACGUGGCACGUGGUGAACCGGGAGACGUCACCGACCUACGCGGACGAUCGCGCCAUGGACGACUACGUCAAGGUUAACAACAUCGCUUUCGGAUUGAUGUUGCUGCACAUGGACGCAGACUACCAUCACAUCGUCGAUGACUGUGAAGAGGCGUGGGUCGCGUGGGCGCGUUUGAAGACGCUGUACGGCGGGUCGCAGAAGGCUGGACGCAUCUACUUGAAGCGCCAGCUGUUCAGCAUGGAGAUGGCGGAAGGCGGCAAUGUGAUGCUUCAUUGCAACGAAGUCCUCAACAUCAGCGCGAACCUCAGCAGCAUCGGCGCCAAGAUGGAGGACGAGGACGUGGCGAUCUGCUUGUUGCGCAGCCUCCCCAAGAGCUACGAGAACGUCGUUCUCAGCUUAGAGAUGAGCAGCGCGGGACUGCGAUCGCGAGACGUCGUGAGAGUGAUCGAUGAGCACAUCGAUGUACAAGGUGACAAGACAACAUCGGUGAAGACUGAAGACGCGGGAAAGGCGUUCAGUGCUGAACGUGAACAUCGCCAGUGUACGCACUGCGGAAAAUUGGGGCACACAGUGGAGCGGUGCUGGACCAAGCAGAAGGACGAAAAUCAAGGAGAAGCUCGACGCGGCGUCAACAAUGCUCGUGGACUCGGAGCCAACAACGCUUAG